AGAUGGCGGCGGCCGCUGCGGAAGAGCAGAGCCCGGGGGACGGGACGGCCGCGUCCCCAUCGCCAUCGCCGUCACCGUCCGACGGGGCCGAAGAGCCGGGGAAAGAGGACGAGGCGGCGGCGUCGGAGGGCAGGGCAGGCCCCAGCAGGAGCCGUCAUGCCGGGUUCCGGCUGACGGCGGUGCGGCGCGAUCCGGCGGUCCGGCUGCAGUACAGCGUGAGCGGCUCGGAGCCCCUGGCCUGGUCCGAGGACCACCGGCUGUCGGUCAGCACCGCCCGCAGCGUGGCAAUCCUGGAGCAGUUGAGCGACUUCCGGGGCGGCGGCGGCGGCGGCGAUCUCGUCAUCCAUCGCACGGCGGUGCCGGCCCCCAACGACGCCUGUCAGCUGAAGGUCGGCAACAGAAAGGAAGCCGCUGAAUGCAAGCACAACUUUGCGAAUUCCCACGAUCCAAUCGUCAGCCAGACAUUCACCUUAGACAGAGUCUUCAACCCCGAAGGGAAGUCGCUGUCCUCGAUGCAAGGCUUCAGAUACUGCAGCUGGUCUCCGCUGGGUUGCGACGCCAACGGACGGUGCCUCUUAGCCACCUUGACCAUGGACAAUAGAUUGACUAUCCACGCGAACCUGAACAGGCUACAGUGGGUGCAGUUAGUCGACUUGACCGAACUCUACGGAGAGUGCCUGUACGAAAACAGCUACAAACUUUGCAAGACGCAGGAGCCCUCGCAAGAAGACAUGGGGGACUUCGCUGAAUUCCAGAGGAGGCACAGCAUGCAGACUCCGGUCUGCAUGGAGUGGUCCGGCAUUUGCACCGUCCAGCAGGUGAAGCACAACAACGAGUGCCGGGACGUCAGCAGCGUCCUUUUGGCCGUCAUCUUUGAGAACGGGAACAUUGCCGUGUGGCAGUGCCAGCUUCCGUUCCUCGGCAAGGAGUCCAUCUCGUCUUGUAACACCAUCGAGUCGGGCAUCUCUUCCCCCAGCGUCUUGGCCUGGUGGGAAUACGAGCAUAACAACAGGAAGAUGAGCGGGCUGAUCGUGGGCAGCGCUUUUGGCCCGAUGAAGAUCCUCCCGGUCAACCUCAAAGCAGUCAAAGGCUACUUCACCUUGAGACAGCCGGUGGUCUUGUGGCAGGAAGUGGACCACUUGCCCGUCCAGAAUAUCAAGAAUAUCCCUCUCUAUCACCCCUACCAGAAAUGUAGCUGCAGCUUAGUGGUGGCGGCGAGGGGCUGCUACCUCUUUUGGUGCCUCCUCUUGAUAUCCAAAGCGGGCUUGAACGUCCACAACUCCCACGUGACCGGCCUCCACUCUUUGCCCAUCGUCUCCAUGACCGCCGACAAGCGGAACGGCACCGUCUACACCUGCUCCGUGGACGGGAAGGUCAGGCAGCUGAUUCCCAUCUUCACCAACAUCGCCCUCCGGUUCGAGCACCAGCUGAUCCAGCUGUCGGACGUGCUGGGCUCCGUCCGCAGCCACGGCAUCGCCGUCAGCCCCUGCGGCGCCUACCUGGCCGUCAUCACCACCAAGGGCAUGGUCAACGGGCUCCACCCCACCACCAAAACCUACCAGGUGCAGUUCGUCACCCUAAAGACGUGCGAGGAAGCCGCCACCCAGUUGCUGGAAUCGUCCAUCCAGAACCUUUACCGGCAGGUCGACCUGACCGAUCUGGUGCGUUGGAAGAUCAUGAAGGAGAAGCAGAUCCCGCGCUUUCUGCAGGAAGCCCUGGAUGAGAAGAUCGAGCGUUUGGGCUCCGCGUACUUCUGGCGCUUCAAGCUCUUCCUCCUGCGGAUUUUGUUGCAGUCGCUGCAGACGCCUCCUUCGGAGGCCCUGUGGAGGCCCACGCACGAGGACGCCAAGGUCUUCAUAGCCGAUUCCUCCGAGACAGGCGGCGGCGAGGAGCAGCCUUCAGAACAGGAAAGGCAGGGCCCAUCGAGUGAGGCCCACAAAGACCAGGACUCUCAGCCGGCCCCCUCGACUGUUGGGGCCCAGGAGCAGCCGAUGGGAGAGAAGAUGCUGGAGAUCCAGGCACAGAUGGAUGAGGUCGAAAUGCAUCUGACGCGAGAACAUAUGAAGCAGGUGUUGGGCGAGGUCUACCUCCAUACGUGGAUUACAGAGAACACCAGCAUUCCCACCAGGGGCGUCUGCGAUUUUUUGACCUCCGAUAAAAACCACGAGGACAGGACAGCACGGGUG